GCCCGGCGCGGGGGGCGCCGCCUCGGUGAGGGCAGGGCCGGCUCCCGGCGGGGCGGGGCGCGGGGCGGGGCAGCGCGGGGCGGGGCGGGCCGCGACCGUGCCCCUUCUGCUGCCGGUGCCCGCGCCUGCGGCAGCGUGGGGUGGCGGGCGGGAGGCUGCCAGGGUCGCCCGGUGAGGGGCGGGAAGGCGCCAACCGCAGCGGCUCCUCCUCACGCUGCGGUUUACCUCAGGCUGCGCCCCCCCCCCACCCCCCGCGCGGGGACCGGGGGCAGGGAGCUGCCCGCUCCCCCGCGCCGCGCUGACGGGAAUCCUCCUGGGACGAGCACAGGGAGGGGGGGUCCGGGGUAGCGGGGGGGCAGCGGCAGCGGCAGGACCUUCCCCAGCGGCCGUGCCCCGGCCAGGGGCGGCAUUGUGCUGUUUUGCUACAGGAUAAAAAUGGCCUCUCGGCGGAUCACACGGGAGACGUUUGAUGCUGUAGUGCAGGACAAAGUUAAAAGGUAUCGCAUGGACCGGGGUGAUGCCAUAGAAGAUACAAUCCAUCAUUUUAAAGCUCGUUCGAGGCCAGUCCCGAGACCAAGGUACGACAACAGCUUUCGUGAUGAUGGCAGAUACGCUCACGACAACGCUCAGCACCAUCCGCACGACGACUGGAGUGAAGACCCCAGGGAUGACUAUCCAGGACCUUCCUAUAGGACUGCCAAUCCUCUCAUAAGGAAAGACAACUAUUACCAUGAACAGUUCGGCCGCCCGGCAUCCCGUGACCGGGAAUUUGGCCACCCAGCAUCCCGCGACCGGGAAUUUGGCCACCCGGCUUCACACAAUCGGGAAUACCGGCGUCCAGCCGCACACAAGCGGGAGUUUGGGCGCCCAGCAUCUCGUGAUCGGGAGUACAGGCGCCCGGCUUCCCAUGACCGGGAAUAUGGGCACCCAGCUUCCCAUGACCGGGAAUAUGUGGGCUUAGCUUCUCAUGACCAGGACUACGGCCCUCCUGACUCUUGGGAAUCCACUGGACCACAUGAAACUGAUUUUAGUUCUUCGGAUAUUUUAGGUGAUUUUAGAUCACCAGGACUCAUGGAAGAUGAAUAUGGCAACAUGGAAAAUCAGGAAUAUGAUGUGGACUUUGGAAUUCAGUCUGAUGGUGAGUUCCGACCCCCGAUUCGCAGGGGCAGCAGUGGCAGGGGAAGAGCUCUGCGAGGAAAGCGGAUUGCAAGGGGUGGCGUUAAAACUAAGGUGUUCAAAGGAGAGCUCAAAGCUCCCCUCAAGAAGUGGAACACUAAAAAGCUGCAGCCAGGCCUUGAUCAGAUGCCACCUGAGCAACCUGAGCAACUGCCAGAAGGUGCUGAGCAACCCAGCCAGAGGCCUGGGCCUGUCCAGCACCCCAAUCAAAAGUUGCCUCCACAACCUAAUCAGAGGCCAACUAUAACAACCCAGAGACCUAUUCUCAGGCUCCCAAAGCCUGCACAUGUUUUCCGAAACCUCAAUUUUGACCUGGUGGACAAAUCGGACAUUUUUUCAACAUUUGGAAUAGAAAUUAUCAAGUGGGCUGGGUUUCAUGCCAUAAAAACUGAUGCCGAGUUUUCCCGGCUCUUCGGAGCUCUCUUUGAGCUGGAGACAGAAACGUGUGCAAAAAUGCUUGCCUCCUUUAAGUGCUCCUUGAAGCCAGAACACAGAGAUUACUGUUUCUUUACCAUCAAGAGUUUACAACAUGCUGCUCUCAAAACUCCCAAAGUGGACAAUGAGUUUUUAAACAUGCUGUUGGACAAAGGUGCUGUGAAAACAAAGAACUGCUUCUUUGAGAUAAUCAAGCCUUUUGAUAAAUACAUAAUGAGGCUCCAGGACCGCCUCCUGAAAGGUGUCACUCCCCUGCUGAUGGCCUGCAAUGCCUAUGAGCUGAGCAUCAAGACGAGUGGGUUUGGGAAUCCCAGAGAAAUGGCAAGUGCUUUUGAGACCACUGUUUCUCUCUGUCGUAAGUCUUUAGCACUUCUGGGGCAGACCUUCGCCUUAGCAUCUGUUUUCAGGCAAGAGAAAAUACUUGAGGCUGUAGGGCUCCAGGAAAUGGCUCCAGCACCAACGUUGUUCCCAAACUUUGAUGAUUCAACGUUGUUUGGAAGGGAGUACAUUGAAAACUUGAAGGCUUGGUUGGAAAAGAGUGGAUAUCCCAUUCAGAUGAAAAAAACUGAGCAGGAGUCCACAGAACCGCUUAAAAAACCCUCUCCUGACCCAAAAGUCCCCCAGCGAGCCGAUCGGAAGGUUGUAGAGACGAUUGAAGAGCUGGUGACCAGCAUCGUGUCAGGAACCUUGUCUGCCAAAGAGAGGACUGCUCAAAAGAACUGCCCUGAGUAUUGGUUCUUGUCUGAUGAAGAUAGUCUGGAAUACAAGUAUUACAGGCUCAGGUUAUCAGAGAUGCAAAGGCGGACGUCACCUGGCACGGAGGUGGGUGUGGAGGGCAGGACACUGGAGGGCUCUGCAGCAGAAGCCGUGCGGGCCAUGCUCUACGCCAGGAAGGUGGCAAGUAUUAAGAGAAGGCUGUUUAAAAGAAAAAGGCUUGGGAUCAGCACACACCGCGGGGCUCGAGGAAGGAAAGGGAGGAGAGCAUCCACAGGGACACAGACUGUGCUUUCAGCUGGCACAGUGCUGAAGCACCAGGACAAGCAUCUUCAAGGGUCAGUCCAGGCAAAGCCUUCUGCCUCCGAACCCAGCCUGUGUGAGAAGAGCCCUGCCCUGGAUGCCACCUCACCCUCACAGUGUGCCGCCGGUUCGGAGGUGUCUCUGCCAGCAGAAGAAAGGGCAGAUUCUGAGGGUUUCUCAGCACCACCUGACCUCCUCCCACCAUUGCCCUCUCAGUUUCCUGAUGUGGAUGCUAAAACAAUGGAAACUGCUGAGAAACUCGCCAAGUUUGUUGCUCAGGUAGGACCAGAGAUUGAGCAGUUCAGCAUCGACAACAGCACGGACAACCCAGACCUUUGGUUUCUACAGGAUCGAAACAGUUCUGCCUUCAAAUUUUAUCGAAUGAAAGUCUAUGAGUUGUGUCCAUCCAUUAACUUCAGUGCUGUGUCAGAAGCAACUGAUGCUGGGGAGAGUGCUAAACCUGAAGAGAGAAAUCUGGAUAUUUCGGAAGAGGAAGAGGAUGAAGAAGAAGAAGAGGAAGAAGAUAAUGAGGAGGAAGCUGAGUUUGAGGAGGAUAUCUCGCAGCCUUUGGAAGGAAUCGAUAUGGAGCAAGCAGAGGAGGGAGAAGAGGAUGACAUGUCAGCAGGUAGAAGUGUGGAAAACCUAGCUGAAGAGAUGAUUUCCAAACCAGGAGAGGAAAUGUCCCCAGGUGAAGUGCAGCUAGCCGCAUCAUCUGAUGGUGCUGUACCCAAUCUGUCGACACAGGCGUCCGCUCCUGCUCCUGGAACCCCAUUUCCUCGCAAACGAAUCAGCAGCAAGUCUCUGAAAGUGGGUAUGAUUCCUGCAUCCAAAAGGAUUUGCCUCAUAGAAGAACCAAAAGUGCACGAACCUGUCAGAAUUGCUUAUGAUAGGCCUCGUGGUUGCCCAGUUACAAAGAAGAAGAAGAAACCAAAAGAUUUGGAAUUUUCGCACAAGAAGCUGACAAACAGGAAUGUGGGUUUCCAGAUGCUUCAGAAGAUGGGCUGGCAGGAAGGACAUGGCCUUGGUACACGAGGAAAAGGAAUCCGAGAGCCUGUAAAAGUGGGUGCUACCUCUGCAGGGGAGGGCUUGGGUGUUGCAGGGGAAGAAAAUAAAGAAGAUGCAUUUGAUGUUUUCCGUCAAAGAAUGAUACAAAUGUACAGGCAGAAAAGAGCCAGUAAAUAGGUAUGUGCAAUGGACACGUCUGCUUUCUGAAUUCCUGCAAACAUUAACGUACCAGGGCUUUUUAAGUCUUCCUUUACCAAGAAAAUAUUACUGUUUCCAUGAGUAUAUCUGGCUUCUUACCAUUUCAUGAGAAUCCAGAGCUACGUUGAACUGCUUUGAACUGCUGAAUUACCCCCAAUCUUACUUUCUAGGUUUGACAUAAAGACUCGCUCGCUAGAAAGUGCACGGAUAUGCAAAGGCUGCUUGUGAAAGCUCCUCGGCAGAGCAUGCCCGUAUGAAGAACACUUUGUUCUAUAGUAGCGGACUUGAAUACUAAUGUAUUAAAACAUUUUCCAAGAUUCAAGUUAGUCUUGUGUUUAAUUGUGCAAGCUAACGACUUGGAUGUCAUCUUCUGAGGAAGAAACAACUGAUUUUGUUCUCGGAAGUGCCUGCUUACCUCUCUCUUUGGCCAAGCGUUCCUGUUUUGUGAUGAGAUGGCUUACCAAAAAAACCCAGAAUAAGCAGCAUGAAAAAUAUGACUUAGCCUGCUUUGGCUCUGAUCCUUUCUGAAACCAAGAAUCUUCUCAAGUUCAGAUCUUGCAAGGCAGUUCAGAUUUUAUUACACUACAUUUUGUUGAUGGUCUGAUCUUCUGAUCUGCUUCUGGAGUCUGCAUAAAGCAGUUUCCUUUCCUCCACAUGCCAGUUUUAAGAAGAGUCUCUACCUGUGUGCUUACUUCAUAUAGGAAUCUAGACUUUAAAAGUAGGAUGAAUAACAGAGUUCAUCUGAGUCUGAGAACACUAAACUAUUCCUUGAAAGCCUUGGCUGCUGAGGUCUCUCACUGUAACAAACAAGUAAUGCAUAUUUUAAGUGUAUUUUUUGGGUUUACACGAAUUUGCAGCUCUUCUCCAACAAAUUCUUGACUAAUUUCUUUCCUUCUCAGAGAAGUUUAAGUCAUGAGCAGGUGCAGUUCAUGUGGCUGCAGAAGAUACUGAAGAAAACACUUGGAAGUCAGAUAUUCAGAAGUCAUCUGGAAGUGGAUGAUCAGUUUCAUAAGACCAUCAGUUUAGAGAGUCAUUUGUUUCUUUUAAGUAUUUGCUUUGCAGAAGUUCUUUUAUUGAAAAAUCCCAUGAAAUAAGACCAAAAAAAACCACUUGUACUUUUAAGGGACUAUUCCACAACUUCCUGAAAGUGAAGACUGGCUUAAUCUACUGUGCUUCAGCAAAAAGCAUUACCUGACUGCUUGGUGAAGCCGCUCUGAAGAUGGGAAAGAUUUCACAGUGUUACCACAAAUAAAGGUUCGAGGUCUGAUCGUUCAUCUUUAUCUGACUUGCACAUCAAUAAGGGAUCUGUGACUGGAUUACUGAGAGAAUUUAAUAAUGCACUUGUAGUGUACUCAUUCCCCAUCAUUAGCUUUCUAAAACUAGGCAAAACUCUUCACUUGAAUGUUAUAGUACCAAAACCUACUUUGCUGACGUUCUCUUGAAGAGAGUUGAUCUUGAGCUGAUGCAUGUUUUGCUUACUAGCAGUGAGUGCUCGUCUUGCUGAUGUUCCCAUCCCACACCAUGCUUCUUGCAGAGCAAAGAGCUUGUGGUCCACCACUAAUAGCACCCCCUGGUCCCGUGGCAGCAUCUCCCAUUCCUCACUGACAUAUAUGCAAGAAACUCUGUUCUUCGGUUGCCAGCUUGCCUGUGCCUGCUGUUUAAGGAACAAAAUUAUACUAUUUCCCCAUUAAACCCCCUGUUGGUUGAAAGGGAAUGUCUUCAUUUUCAUUCGAUAGCAACAAGCUUUUCCUUGUAACAACCAGGUUUAGUUUAUGAAUGCAAGUUUUGGGGUUUUUUUUCUUUAUGGGUCUUUGAAACCAUAAGAAACAAUUAUGUUGCAGUGUAAUUUUCUGAUAGCUCUCGUUUUGUUGCCUUGAAGCAUAUCAUCACUGAAUAAAACCACGCUGGCUGGUACAGAACAGUACACUGGUGGUUCUGGUUUUCCAUGAACAUCACAUGUGUCUUCACCCUUUAUAUUACAAGAAGUUGAAGCAUGAAGGAUAUGAAAAAUGAGUUUAUCUGGUUGUCAGACAUGAUUAAGGACUUUUGAUAGCCCAGCCAUUUCUCAUAGGUUUUACUUGGAGAUGUUUAAAAUCCUUAAUCGUUUUGGAACACAGGCUACUUGAAAGGUCUCAGUUGCAGUCCUUGGCAGUGUAUGCUUACCUGUUAAGUUCCUAUUUGGGUGUUCUUUGCUGCCCCUCUUUCUUUCCUGUGCCUAAUACACUGUAAAACUUGAGCCUUUCAAAAAGGAGAUCUGUCAGUCACAGUCUGGUUUAGAAUGGCACUUGAACCAGUGGCAUUGGCCUCUGACUUCUCUCGCAGACCCACUCAAAAGGCUUCAGCUUUUCCUUCCAUGUCACUGAUGAGGCUGCCAGUGUUGCCAUUCCCAGUUUUAUUUCCCUGCCAGCUUCCAGUUCAGCUCUUCUUUCGCAUUUCCAUUUUGGAAGGAUUCUUGAUGCUCGUUCUGCUGUUUGCAGCAAGGCACGAGGUGGAGGUUCGCAGCAGGUUUCUUAGGGCCAGGUCAGCAUUCUGCACUGCUCUGGUGUUAACCCACGUUUGGUGGGCAGAGGUUGGGGUGCAUUUGUGAAACACCUCACCCAAGCUGGGAAAUGGUACUGUCCUUUCUGAGUGCAGUUCAAUUUACUAUAAUGCUGUCUUGAGAAUAAAGGUGAACACUGGGAAAAUCUGAAUCUGCUGCCCUGGAUGACUGUUGUAUGGUCUGUCUUUCUUGUGCCAAACUUGAAUUUUGGCCAAGAUAUCAGCAGAGAGUACUGGUGCUGAGAUUCCAGUGUUGCUCUCACGUGGGUUACCUUUUGCCACUUUUAUCUUGUUUUCCCAAGACCUUACACUCCUUUUGCCAAAGGAAUUCCCUUUUAUUUUGACCUGCUUUUGCAGGCUGAUUAGCAAAUUUGAAAUACUUGUACAUGUGAAACAUUUGUUAUGCAGAUGCGUUGCCUUGUUUCAAGUUUACUAGCUUCUUUUCUGUUAUUUUAGUUCCAGGCUCUCUUCCAUGAAGACUGCAAGCUUCAGUGAACAUUUUAACUAACUUCAGUGGUGUGUCUACUGUCUUUUGGUUGGUUUUUUUGCCAUUAAUCUUGUAGAGCAAUUUGCUAGUUUCUGUUCGGUGCGAGUUGGCAGUAGUGCUAAGCUAGUAGCAACUAGAUGUUUAUGUUACUGGAUAACUGACAUUUCUUCCUAGUGUAAGUAAACAUGUUAGCAUUGUUAAUCUUUUAAUAUCUGCAAUAAAUGUAGAACUAAACGAUUUCUGGUUUAAAUGUUUUGCUUGUGAAUUUGGCCAUUUGUAAGAGAUAUGCAUCACUUUGGCACUAACAAGUGGAAUUGAGAUUACGCAGUGUUAUGUUAGUGUAAAGCAGGAUUUUAUAGUGUAUGAGGGAAGGAAGGUCCCUCUGUUUCUGUGCUGCUAAAUGUCUCUGUGGAGAAUACCCACUAAAUCAUUUCUCAGUUGGUUUUUCAUGUGGCUUCUAGUGCAUUAAAUCCAUCCUCGACAGUGUUACUCCCCACAUGAGCACCCAAAUGGUCGUGCCCCAGUCAGAAUGCGAGAGUUUUACCCUUUAUUCCCGUGUCCCAGGAAUUAGUUGUCUCUCUGAUUUUCUUGGUGGACUGACUUUCAAAGAGCAAAGCUUUCUCUUUACAUAUGUGUGGUUUACUGUUGCCUUUAAAUUCAAAUUCCUUUUUUAGACAGGAUAUGAGGGGGGAAAUGGCACUGAACUGAAAUUUAACACUUGUGCAGCCAGCUGCCUUCUGUUGAGAGGUAAAGCGAGAGCGGGCGCUUGGGAAAGACACCAGCCAGGUCUCCUGUCCCUUGCUUUUGUACUGACAGCUAGGAAAGGCUUUACGGAGGCAAGUUCCACCCCUGGCUACUCCUUUUUCCUCCUUUUCCUUCAAAAAGUGGUUAUGUGUGAGGACCUGGUUCUAGAGGAAAGGACAUUUGCUCUCGUUGGAGAGAAAUGAGAUCCCCAUUCUGGGGGAGGUGCCCUAACAGAGUAGAACUACAGUCACUAAUAUGCUGUUUGGAGUAAUUGUGUUGGAUUAAUUGAGAUGUUUUCUCUUUUUUUUGCCUUCAAAGCUUUUUUUUGCUGUAAUACCGGGGACAUUUUCCUAUUUAUUUGGGGGGUUAUUUUUAAGAAGACAACUCCAGCAUCCUUAGUGUGAACACUUAAUCUGUGCUGAGAUGAUUGUUCUCUAAAUCAAUGUACAGUAUAUUUUCUAUUGAUACUCCAUUCUGCUUUAAAGUUAAUCCUGAUGUAUCGUGCCCAAAGCAAGUCUGGACUUAGAAAUUCAAAUGUUAUUUGGGAUGGUUUUCUAUCCUCCAAGCAGGUAUAUUUUCUAAUUAAAAAUGAAGUCCUGAAAGUCCUGUAUCAUCUUUAAUCCUGCAUAUCUCAUGACUGAGUGGCCAAUCACAACCAGACUGUAGAUUUGAGCAAUAAUAAACACCUUAAAUGAGAAUAUGCUCAAAGAACAAGAGGGUACUUCUAAAAAUAAAUAGUUUUCUGUGAACCUUGUCAAGUAGGAAACUUGCUGAAUUGCAGCAAGGGUGGAAACUGUUUGCAUUAUCUGUGGGCAAUAAAGUUACUGCUGUUUAAGAAA